GAGAGAAAUUGUCGAAAUCCGUCGAGUCUGGAAAUUAUGCAUUUUCCUACAUUCAAGCUGCAGAAGGUUUGAGGUACCAACUUCACCAAUACUCUUUUCUUAUCAAGAGCUCUUUUGCGUUGAACGCUGAGUUUAAUGAGCAACAUCGAAACGGGGGGAGGGAACUGGUACAUGCCUUUAGACAGUGGCCCUUGUAAGGGUUAUUCCUCGUUGCAACGUUCUUCGAAGGAGUCUCGAGUUGCGAACGCUUCGUCUGAAAUUGAGGAAAAAAAUUCACUAGUCGCAGACAUAGAUACUCAAGAUACGCAGUCGGUGACGUCAACUUCACUUUCACCGGUGGAGCCUGCAAAACUACGAAAGGAACCUCAACGUGGGCUAGAUUCAAAAGCGUCUUCGAGUGACUUUACGUAUAGUUUUGACAGCAGAGUACAAUCAAGUAUUGGAAAUGGCCAAGAUGAACCCGGGGGACAAAGUUCUCUUCAGAAAGGUAGAAGAAAACCUGGAAGACCUCCAAGUUUGUUUGUAGAUAAGUCUGAUUCAGAGCUCACUGAAGAGGAACGAAAAGUGAAAGCGAAAAUUAUUAAAAGACGAUUAAGACAGAAUCGUUCUUACCAGAGAAGGAAGCUUAGAAGGCAAUUUGAAGGUGGUGUGAACUCGCCCAUAAGUACAGGAGAAGGAGUUGCGAACUACGCAGCAACGGUAUUAUCACCUCCACCGUAUCCCAUGGCAUCGACACAAAUAGCAGAACCAAGGUUUAGUAGUCUUGGAAAGCCUGCAGUGUUUGAUAGCCAAGUCUUUCUAAACGAGAAAAACUUGGAACGAAGAGAACCUAGAGUUUCAGGGGAGAUGCCUAGUACAACUGAAUACAUUACGAAAUUUGCAAACUUUGACAGUCCACCAUAUACAGCUCCACCUUCUGCAGAGAGAGAAGCAAACCAUUAUCAACGGAGGAAUCGAGAGAAAACGAACACAUUUAUGAUGCAACAAUUUCCGUCAGCUUCAGUGGAAUAUUCAAGUCAUGCAUCAGCCGUCGAACCAUUUUUAUCUCGAGACCUUGCCGGCAUGUAUCUAGACAGAUUAUUCAAAAGUUUGACGCCAAUACUGCGCCGUACUCUGUUCAAGCUUUCAGUUUUUCCGGAAACCUUCGAUGUUGCUGCUGCAAAGGCAAUUAUUCAUGACUCUUGUAUAGAAAGUUGCUCGGAAGAAAGUAUGCUCAGCACAUUGAACGAACGGGGUUUUAUUGUGAAAGUAUCCCCGAAACGACUACAGUUAGAUCUCUUGUCAAAGGAAUUUUUGUUAAGAGAAGUAGGCGCACACGACGAUUUUAACGACUGGGAAGUUAUUCGUGUUGCGAAGAAGAAUUUUGUGAGCUACUACACGAAUCUUUUGAAGCUUAUAGAUAAUGAGCGGAUGAUUCUUGACGGCGCAAACAUGGAACAGGCACUUAGAAUUUGCGACUUGGAAAGAAUGAACUUUGAAAUGUGUUUGUUGUUUGCACAAGAACUUGGGAGGCAAGCAUUGCGACACACUAUUAUAGCAGGAAGCAACGUACUGCGACUAUUUAUUCCCGCAUCAGAUAGAAUAUCUUUGAUUUCAAGUAUUCUUGAUUUGAGUCGCUAUGAGCAGACCUGCUCAUCUUCCAACCUAAAACUUGCAGGCACUGGAGACUCUCAUGAAACAGACAUAUUGUUGGGUGAUUCUUCAUUGUUAGAAAACCAACAGGAGGACGCAAUGUUACUCAUUUCCUUAGGGGAAGCAUAUUCUGAUGACUUGCACUUUAGAGAGGCAGAGCAAGCCCUCUGUCAAUCUUUGCAGUUAUUGGAACAAAGCGGAAUGAACAACAAGCCUUGUAUCUUAAUUCCUCUCAUUGUUUUGGCCAAUAUUUGUAGGGAAACAGAUCGGACGGAGCAUGCUCUCAACAUUUUGCGUAGAACAUUGAAGAAGCUUUCAGAGUUUCACCUUGAGAACUCUUCAUAUGGCAUUAGUGUCUAUGAGAAUAUGGCACUUACGUUACUAGUUAGAAACGAACGAGAGGAAGCAAGACAGUGCCUUUCAAAGGUUACGAAAUUAGCAGAAAGCAUACGCUUCGAAGGGCUUCCUCUGUAUACUGAUAUUUUAGGAACUUGUGGUAUUUUUUCUCUUGUUUUUAAAGAUAUUGAGACAGCGGAAGGGUAUUUUAGACGGGCGCUGGAGAAUUAUGGUAGUUUUAUUUCCAGACCAUGGUCCCGAGCUCCAAUAGAGUCAUGCAGAGAUCUUGACUUAUGGAUACUUGACAAUUUAUCAAAAGCCCUUAUGUUGUUGGACAAGACUUCUGGUGCGUCGCUUAUUCAAGAACAAAUUGAAAUGAUAGCACGGAUUCGGGGGGUUCGGGUUUGCAGUAUAGACAGCUUUGACAGUAAUGAUGAAGAGUUUGGUACAUUCUCUUCAUCCGAUAUUAAGCUUCAGCAAGUGUCGUGUUACCCUAAUAGUGAGACUCCAAGGCAGUGUUCUAAUUCCUUGAUUGGUAGUAUUCCCACUAGUAAGUCUGAUUCGGAGCUCAAGACCCCUGGCAAUGCCGAAGUAGAGUGCGUCUUUCUCGACGACGCCACAAUGAUUCUAUAUCAUCGUAUUUUCAUUCGUCAUGUAUACUGAUAAUAUAUUUUACUUUAUGGUGAAUUAAUUAUGUUUAUGAUAUUACACGCAAUAAAUAUGGGGAAUGAGCU